AUGGUUUCGUUUCUACGACUAAUGGUUGUUGUCAUAGCAAUCAUCUUUUAUCAGCUUGAAACCGUAACUAUGUAUCCAUAUCCAUUUACUUCCCUAGUUGCUCCGAUAAACAAACAUAUCGAUGCCGCUAAGCCUCUCUAUAGCGUUGAGAUCAUGUCCAAAAACGAGAACGCUGAUUACCUGUUUAGAAACUUACUUAUCGAUAUUGAAGCCCCUCUCACAUGGCACCAAUGCCUCUUGAAAGAUUCACAAGUUGGACCUUUUUUUUGUCCUUAUGACGAUACGCUUUGCAACUGGCCGCUUGGCUGCAACGAGGAUCCGUGCGCGCAAUUGCAGGUUGCUGAUUCGUACCAGAACCCUUCCUCGUGUCCUAAUAUAUACAAUGUACCUAGGCCACGAAGCGUGGAUACAUGUGCAUGCCCGGUCAACGUACUUGACCCCGUUACGGGAUCAUGUGACGUGGCAUUUGUCAAUUAUGACCAUUUCACCAUGCAUACAAGCAAAGGUGCAAAUUUUUUAACUGAUUUGCACACUGCUUACCCUAACGCUGCCUGCGCUGAUGAUUCAUCAGAGGCAGCGUUUGAAUUGUUCCCUGCCAACGUUACUGGCGUCAUGGCACUUUCAUCCUCGCCUUAUGUCUUAUCAAACACUUUAUAUUUUCCGCAUGCAAAAACAAUAGCUAUGUGUUUACCUAGCACAUUGUCAUCUUCUGGAAUUUUAUUUAUCGGAAAGGGUCCUUAUUACCUUCUUCCCCAAUCUGAUGUUGAUGUGACGACUUACCUUUCUUACACUCCACUUCUAGAUCCUCAAACGACGUUUGAAUACUAUAUCGGUGUAGAUGCUAUUGUUAUCAAAAAACGUUCUAUCUCUAUUCCACCGAAUACAACCGCCAAACUUAGUACAAACAAUCCUUACACCAUUCUUAGAACCGACAUUUACAGUAGCCUGAUUCAGAGGGUUUCAAAGGUUACAAAAAAAAUCCCUCGUGCGAAUCCUAUCGCACCGUUUAGCCUUUGCUUCAAAACCACCUCCAACAAAGAUCCAUCAAAGGUUAGUAGUAUUAAAAUCCCUGAUAUCGAUUUUACUCUACAAGGUGGGAAGAAUUGGACCAUGUCGACGACUAACACCGUGAAGCAAGUAACCAAAGAUGCGGCAUGCGUGGCGUUUGUCGAUGGUGGUGCGAUGACGAGUAGUGGGCCUGCAAUGGUGAUAGGAUCAUUUCAGUUUGAAGAUAACUUUGUGGUGUUUGAUGUGGAGAAUUCCAUGUUCGGGUUUAGUUCUUCUUUGCUACGCAAGCAGACUUCUUGUUCAAACUUCAACUUUACCAUCACAAAGAAUUAA